AUGUACUUCAAGACUAUGAAAGUAAAUGCGAAUCUGGAGACUAUGCUGGAAGCGCAAAACAGGAGAAUAAAAAGAUGGAUGCCAUCAGGCAUUCCAAGUAUUGAUAGUUGGCAAAGAGCAGUGAAACGAACAACUACAUCAAUAUGUCAGCUGCUGCCCACGUUCGUUAAAUUCCCUGCUGACUUUGCCUCAACUCAACGCGAGUUUUACAAUAUUGCCGGAUUUCCGAAAGUUCUAGGGUGUGUAGACGGGACGCAUGUGAAAAUACAGGCCCAAAUAGAGAAUGAGCCGGAUUAUGUCAACAGGAAGGGAAUACAUUCUAUAAAUGUACAGAUGGUGUAUGAUUCACGUUUUAUGAUCACUAAUGUUGUUGCUAAGUGGCCAGGAAUUGUCCAAGACAGUCGGAUAUUCAGAGAGUCAGGAUUAUGUAGAAGGUUUGAAGAAGGUCUGUAUCAUGGACUUCUACUUGGCGAUUCAGGGUAUGCUUGUGGACAGUUUCUAUUUACACCCUAUUUACGACCAAAUGCACAAGAGAGAGUAAAAGCAGUGUCUACAUUAGACAAAAGAGAUGUAGGUCAGUGCAAGAAAAAAAUGGGUUUCUGUAGUUUCUCUAGUGAAGAAGCUGGAAUCUGCCAGGAGGACAGAGGCUGGGGUACUGGUGGGGGCAGCUACCUGUGA